UUUUUGAACUGCAAUUAUAUCAUGUAUAUAUUGAUAGUAAAAUAUUGUUCAAGUACUUAAAGAAUUAAGUGUAAAAUAUUAUAUACCUCCUCUUUUCCAUAAUGGAAAUAAAGUACUUGAUCUCACUUAUAAUAAUUACUACUUUUAUGUAUUAUUGUCAUUGUUCUAUAUACCAAAACUUAAAAUAUUUUGAGACAUUGCAUGCUUCGAAAUUUACUCAUCACAUUGUGAAACGAGGUGUUAAGUUGUCCCACCACCCUUUCAAUAUCAUUAAGGAAUUGCAUUUCCAAACUCUGGGAAAGAACUUUAGGCUUAUACUUCACCCUCAUAACUCAGUUUUGCAUUCUAACUUCAAAGCAUAUUCAGUAGAUGCUGAUGGAAAUAAAAGUGUUGUUCAUAUAGAUUAUGAUAACUUUUACACUGGAAGAGUGUUUGGAGAAACAUCCUCAGAUGUAAGGCUACACAUUGAGGAUGGAGUCAUUACAGGUAUAAUACAUACACCUGAUGAAACUUAUCAUAUUGAGCCCUCAUGGCGACAUCUUUCUCAUCUUGAUGACAAAACUAUGAUUACAUACCGAUCUUCAGACAUAAGAUUCAGUUGGUCCAGUUCAGACAAGAGGAAACCAAGAGUCUGUGGUUAUGUUAAGGAAGGCAAAGAGUUAGAAGAUGAUGAUGGUGAAGAUGAUUACAAUGAAAACUUAGAAUCUAACCAAGAACAAUUAGAAAAAGAUAAGUACUUUAAUCAAUAUCAAGACAAACAUAAGGACAAACAAUUCCUUGACUCAAGCCAUAAUAACCAACAGAAAGUAGUUAACAGAGUUAAAAGACAAAGUGACUAUGAGUACACUCCUACCAAGACAAGGUGUCCCUUGCUGCUUGUUGCGGAUUACAGAUUCUUUCAGGAAAUGGGAGCGAGUAAUACAAAAACUACUAUUAAUUAUUUGAUCAGCCUUAUAGACCGAGUUCAUAAAAUAUACAAUGAUACUGUCUGGCAGGAUCGCCAGGAUGCGGAUGGGUUCAAAGGAAUGGGUUUUGUUAUAAAAAAAAUAUUAGUACAUUCAGAACCGACGCGCGUGCGAGGUGGCGAAGCGCAUUACAACAUGGUGCGGGAAAAGUGGGACGUUCGCAACCUUCUGGAGGUCUUCAGCCGUGAAUACUCACACAAAGACUUCUGUCUGGCGCACCUUUUCACUGAUCUCAAGUUUGAGGGUGGUAUUCUUGGCCUUGCUUACGUAGGUUCUCCUAGACGGAAUUCUGUUGGAGGCAUAUGUACACCAGAAUACUUCAAGAACGGCUACACCCUGUACUUGAACUCGGGGCUGUCGUCGUCGCGCAACCACUACGGGCAGCGCGUCAUCACCCGCGAGGCGGACCUCGUGACGGCGCACGAGUUCGGCCACAACUGGGGCUCCGAGCACGACCCCGACGUGGCCGAGUGCUCGCCUGCCGCCAGCCACGGCGGCUCCUACCUCAUGUACACCUACAGCGUCAGCGGCUACGACGUCAACAACAAGCGGUUCUCCCCGUGCAGCCUGCGCUCCAUCCGCAAGGUGCUGCAGGCGAAGUCGGGCCGCUGCUUCUCCGAGCCCGAGGAGAGCUUCUGCGGGAACUUACGCGUCGAGGGCGGCGAGGAGUGUGACGCCGGCCUGCUUGGUACCGAAGACAACGAUAUGUGUUGUGAUAAAAACUGUAAGCUUAGGAAGAAUCAAGGAGCUGUCUGCAGCGACAAGAACUCGCCGUGCUGCGCGGGCUGCGUGUUCGCGGCGCCGGGCGUGGUGUGUCGCGAGGCGGCGCACUCCGCCUGCGAGGGCGAGGCCACCUGCAACGGCGCCUCCGCCGACUGCCCCAAGGCACCUGCCAUCGCAGACGAGCACGAGUGUGCGGAGCGCGGGCGCUGCCGCAACGGCUCGUGCGUGCCCUACUGCGAGACGCAGGGCCUGCACAGCUGCAUGUGCGACAUCGUUGCGGAUGCCUGCAAGCGAUGCUGUAGAAAGAGUUUGAACAAGACAUGUUUUCCGGUCGCUCACAACGAUAUCCUACCGGACGGAACCCCCUGUAUUCAAGGCUUCUGUAAUAAAGGAGUUUGUGAAAAGACGAUUCAGGAUGUGGUCGAGCGGUUCUGGGACAUUAUUGAAGACAUUAACAUUAACAACGUGCUCGGAUUCCUCCGCGACAACAUUGUCGGUGUCGUCGUACUCGUCACCGCGUUUGUUUGGAUACCUGCCAGCUGUGUGAUAAGUUACGUAGACCGACGACGACAGCGACAGCAUCAGAAGUACAUGGAGUGGGAGCGACAACACGACCUCAUACAUCCCUCGUCGCCGCGAAAAAUAUUGUACACUAGGUUGCCAAAGCAAAAACCGCCCGGAAUCAAAACAGUCAUUCAAGGAAGCAGUCAACUUUAAGUUUCUCAAGUUUAAAAUAUUUUUAAGAAUACUUUAAUUUCUUAACUGUAAAACCAUGACAGUCUAGUAAAUAAAAAUUCGAAUUAAUA